AUGCCCCUCCGACAUCAUCUGUUCAAUCGACGCGAAGUCGUCGCCGUGUUUUUGGAUCUUGAUAAUGCAACGCUACGCAUCACGGAUAUGGCGCUGCCAGCACCCCACCCAUCGCUCGCUUCAUCGGGAGGCGCUGCCGCUUCCGCGUAUGUGCCUCCGCUGACACGCCUGGACGUGGUACGUGAGGCGCUGGUGGCGUUCGUGCGCGCGAAGGUGCGUUCUGUCCCCAGAACCGCGCUCCUCACCUUUCGCCUGUACGUCCUCCGCGCUGGCGGUGCCGAGGAGAGGGGACACGAGAACGGAGAGGCAGUGGUGCAGGAGCUAUUGGUACCGGGUCCUGCUGGGGCUGCUGGCGGUCGUGCGAUGCAGGCUGCCAUCAAGGCCCUUGAUCCCAGUCUGUGGGGACCGGGCAACAGCUGCGAGAGCGGCGCCGCAUCGUUGUUGCCGACGGUCUACACCGGGGUGGUACGUCUCCUGAAGCGCCUUCUCGAGGCAGAGCAAGCGCAGUGGCCGCCCGCCGACCAGGCGGUGAUGGAGAUGUCCAAGAGCGCUUCGGUGAACGUGCUUGAAAACUCAUCCUUCGCGCAUACGAAGGGCGCCCCAGCUGCCAUGACUUCUAGCGACAACGCUGGGCUGUCUUCCGCUUCGCCAACUCGCGGAGGCCCACCAGCGACUGCGGCGGCGGUAAACCAGGAGGUGUGUGUUGUGCACGGCAUUGUGCUGCGCUCGCGGCAGGGUCCUCUUGCACUGCCGAGCUCGCCCGUGCAAGUCAAGGUCUCGACAACUUCGUGCAGCAGGGACUGCACUCCUACCACUGCGGCGCCACGCUGUUGGCUCGAUGUUGUCUCACUGGCUCCCCUUGGUAGCGUUGCGCAGACAACACUGUCUCGCUCUUCCGCGAACACUGGCAGCUCUGCGGCAGCGGCAGUACCGCAUGAGCACACACCACCACUGUCUACUGAGCUGAGCAUCGACGAUUCCUGUGCCUGUGCAUUGGUAGACCCGGUGGAGCUCACAGGUAUUAGCCACCGUGGGCUCGCACUCGGGCCGGCACUCGCUCGGCUCAUCUCCCUAAAGGAGCGCGGCAUCGGCUGUUUGGUGCGCCCCCCACUCGCCGUUGUGGAUCUUCUUGCAUUCGCUGCGGCGCCUGCAGAUGCGGGGCCAGCGUCCCUCUUGAGCCGUGCAGGGUUCAAUGCCGGCGAUGGAACCACCUCCGAAAAGCGAAGCAGGACGUCCUACAGGCUGGACGUCCCGGCUGCUGAAGCGGGGACUGGCACUACCGCAGCAAAAAACAUCACCUCACAGCCUGCUCCUUUGCCGCAGCCAUCGGCACCGUCAGUAUCAUCACGGCGCUCAGAAUUUCCGCCGGUAGUGGCGAUGAGGGCCGGAAACGGCAGCACUUCUGUGCAGUCGUGGGGUUUAUCCGCCCCUGUCGGCACAACGCACCACUCCCUUCCCGGCAUGCCCGAGCAACGCGGCACCGCUUCCGCCGCGCAAUCACCGCUGCAGCCCAACCGACGAAGACCCAUCACGAACAGUGCUGCCACUGCUGCUACUAGUGCGGGUCUUCCGUCUCCUUUGAAAAUAUUGCGCGAAGAGAUGAAGCUCGACCUUGCCAUGGAGCGACACGGCAGCGGUGCUGCCGACGAGAUCCCUUCCCAAUCACCUGAAUCUGCGACGAAUGCGCCAACCCUGCAGCUGAACCGAGCAGCCACCCACGACGUCUGCACGCAGAGACGACGCGUGCAGACUGCUCUGAGUCCAAGUAGGCGAGGCUCGGAGAAGGGCCCAUCGCGCCCUCAACCGCAGCCACCGCAUCAGCGACCGCGGAAUUCCGGCGUCCACAGCGGUGACGUCAUUGCCUCCGACACGCAGGCGCAAUCGAUAUCGGCAGCGGCGGCACAUCAAGUGCAGUGUCGGAGCACCCCCCAGCUGCAGUCAAGAAUGUUUCCGGUGCUGGCACAAUUCGUUACUCCGCUUCCGUUGACGCACCCACACCCCUCCCUAUCCCAGCAAUCUGGCUGCGUCACGGCGCGGCAUGUGCAUGGCGUUCGAGCAAACCCUGGAACUCAGGCUACCGACCCCAGCAGCGGAGGCGGCAACGACGGUAGCACGAAGCCCAGCGCGGCCGUCGGUAUCGGCACGUCGUUCAACAGCACACCACCUGGCACGAUGGCGAACGGCAGCGCUUCGUCUCCGAGGCAUCCCCACUCGUCGGUAAAGUGA